CGUCAGCUUAACACUCCCCCUCUCCAACAAUUCUCGUACGGCUUCUAUUGCUCCAUCCACCGACUCCUUGAUUCUAGACACCUCAGAACAACAUCCACUCCCCUUCAAUUUCCCUCAACCCCGACUACUGCUCCCUGCCAUUGGACCGUGCUGCUGCUAAGUUGUUAUUUAUGACUAUUGCUAUCGCCACCAAAACGUAUCCUUUCAUCACCGUUAUUUCCGUGCGUGUGUAAUUCCAGAUUGGAUGUGGGAUAUGUCCGCCAAGAGUCCAGAUACAUAGUAAAGUUCUCCUCCCCUCCCCCGCACCCCGUUAUUCCCUUAUGGCUUAGUUUUAAAGUUGCGGCAACAAUAUCAGAAGGUACAAAAAAUAUCAACAAAAGAGGAAGAUUUGGUGGGCUAAUAUACAAACAUUAAUCACACUUUCAUUAUUCAAGCACUCCAUGAUCCUACUUUCCCCACUCAAUCAAUUAACUAUAUUUUAUAGUUAUCACCCCUACUACAACAUUGCGACCAUUAUACUUAGUAGCGCUCUACUACUAGCUCCAGCUCUAGCUCUAUUUGCUCAAUCAUUGAAUAAUCACAUAGCAAGAAACACUUCUGCAGAAGAAUUUCAUUCCAUGUUUGCCAAGUAUUAUAAGAUGGCCCUUGCAUCAAUGCAAAAAUCGUUUUACACUCUACACUAUCUGAUAUAACCUUGUGCUCAAUUCUGUUUGAUGCUGUGUAGCAAAGACCACCUCCUUCCACAUACGCAGCGUGGUCUGCGUCGUACGUGAUAUAUGCGCGUGCGGAUAGCGUGUGGGGAGAGGAGUCGCAGGAAGGUCGGUAGCAGAAUACAUAUUACUGGUGUAAGGCAACACAAGAUCUGAAAGCACCGCAUUAGUGAGAGUGAGGGAGUGCGAGAAGAACACACAGACGCAUGAACGGAUCGCAAAUUGGUUGAUUAAUUAAGAAGCACCCAACGUCAGUCUUCUUUUCUGUUCAAAAUCAUCCUGAAUAGCGGA